ACAUGAUGCUGAGUACCUUUAGUUGGAAAGAAGACUACGCACUGUUGAGGUAACUUAAGUAGCUGAACGGCACCUUCCUUGUUUUGUUAAGGUGUUUCUAUUUUUAAUGUUAGGGAUUUGUCUGAAGCUGUAACGAGGUGGUAAUUCAAUUAAAAAAGCUGAAACAAUAAUGUAAUUGUGAAAAGAAACCCCCAUAUGCUCUUAAUUGUGAUGGACAUGUUAAAAAAAAGAGCAAAAUAUGGCAUCUUGGCUUCCAGGUGCUUUAUUGCAUGGGGAGCACUGCCUAUAGGGACUGCAUUCAGCUGACUGAAGGGCACCAUAGAUGGGAAGAAUCGGUGUUUUAUGAAUGCUAGAUGUUAGCUGAAGUUAUUCAGAAGACUGUUUCUCAUUGUUCUCUUUCCCUGUCUUUGAGAUAAUCAUCAGCUGAUCUGAAAUUAAGAAAAUGGACAUUGUAUUUUGCGUUACAAAGGGGAGGUAUUCCUCUCUAAUUUAGUUUGGUUGUGUGCCCACAUGAGGCUGUUUCACUGCUGAGAAAAUGUCACAGUCUCUAUAGGGAUGACAGAAAAUGACUUACAUUGUACUGUUUUAAUUCUUAACUGAGAUGCAGCUUGAAGCUAACACCUGAAAAGUUAUGUAAGACAUGCAGUUCCAUUUAAACUUCUCAUUUUCAGAGAAUGUCUGUAUAAUUUUUUAAUGGAAAUAGGAAUCUGUAUUGCUAAUCCUUUUUUUGCUUUUAAGCUCAGGUGAAGUAGUUUCUUGUGGCAGAUGGAGUUUUGAGUUGGAGGAGUACAGCUCUUCCUUUUAGAAAUGAAGCAGGGGAAAGGUGGUCAAAAUAUGUAGGAGUAUUGUUUCUGUACUUUCUCAAAGUUGCCAUAGUCUUGCAGUCUACUUGUUAAUGGUGUUUUUUUAAUACAGUUUCAUACUAAAGGCUCUGAGUGGAAGGGGUAGCUUCCUGCUUGAAGUGACUUUGUAAACUCAUAGGAGCGUGGUUUAAUUUUUGUUGUUCCUCAGGAGGUCAUCUCCUCCUGUGUCAUGCUCAGAGCAGUGCGUUGUCCACCAGACCCCAGGUUCUUGUCAGCCCAGGGGUGCCUGCUUGUGAUGCUGCAGAGGGUGCCUGUCCCAGGGCUCAGGUUUUUGUCCUUGCAUUUCAUGACACUCCUGCUGCCCUUCUGCUCUGCUCUGCCUCCAUCCUGAGGGACAUGGUGCCACCGAGCACCCCCAGCUCUGGUGGGGUCUGCAGCCAUGGUGAUGUGCUUUGCACCUCCUCAUGCAGCCACUGAUUGAGGCCUCAAGUGGGGUGGGUGCUGGGGGUGCUUACAGGACUACUUGUCCUGCUUGGGAUGCUAUCCCGGUGCUAUUCUUAGCACAUGCUAGCUGUAUCUUGACCUUUAUUAUCUUGUGAAGCUGAUUUUAACUUCAUUUCAGCAGUUUCCUUCCUUUUGGUGGCUUACAAAGUUGUGAUUAGGAGUUUGUUUUGUAGGUGAAGCUGCAAUAUCAUGACCUGAGGUCUUUCAGGUGCAGAGUUCUUAACUCACCUGGUUAACGUCAAUCUCAAGUCUUUAAAUACUGCCUAAAUGACCGUAGUGUUCUUUAUUCAGCCAGUUGUGUUUAGUGCUUAGACUUCAAUAUCAGCAUGUAAGUUGAAAUUUCAUCUGUUUUUUUUUUUAAAGCCAUUUUAAAAUACAACUUAUCGUCUUAUCAGCCCUCUCAACGUGGAAAACUUUCUUUCUAGGAAUUCUGGGAAAGAUCCACGUAAACAGGGAAGUGGUUUAAUUUUGUUGUUCCAUUAUGUUGUUAAGUGUAUGAGACAAAAUUAAACUUUUGCAGUAACUGUUAAUUUUAGAAAUCUUUGGUAGUGUUUGUCAGUAGAUGGUACAGAGAGUUCUCUCCAGCUCAUAGCAAUUACAGGAGAGAGAAGUUUUCUUUAAAUAUUUUCAUGUUUCAGAGUUGGAAAAAAAAAAAGAAGGCUGUGAAAGUUGCUAUAGUUUUAAAUUGCAAUCAGUUGUGUACUCUUAUUAAAAAUAAACUAAUUAUCUAUUUUUCAUUUGCUUAUAAGGCUAUUUUAGAAGUAGUGCGGAGAAAACCCCUGUUUAAAUGUUGGGGGGGGUGGGGGGGGGGGGGAGGUUGUAUGUUGUUUUGUUUUAACUUCAAUGUGAGAAUCUGUUUGUGAAUUAUCCCUAGGUAUACUUCUACUGUACUACAUUCAACUCAAAGCCUGUCACAGAGGUUGCCUUAAAAGGCCUCAAAAAAUCUUAAGGUUUGAUUUCCUUUGGUUUAGCUUCUCUUGUGGCUUAUACAAGGUGGAGGAGGAAAAAAAGAACUCAUCCUGACCUUGCCAUGUAGAAUAGUACAAAUCAGUAGUGAUAUGUUAAUAAGUUGAUAUGUACUAAGAUUUGAACCAAUGAUUAAUUUGCAAGGUAACUAUUUAAAACCACAUGCUGUUUGCUCCUAACCCUUCUCUCCACUGCCCCUUUCCCCAGUGAAACAACCACUCUAAACUCAGUAGCAAGCAGUGGCUUCCUGGUGCUCUGAAUUGCCUUCUACCAGAAAGAACCCUCAAUGGUUUGCUGACAGUCAUCUGCUUUUGUUCACUUAAAAAAAAGAUCCUGAACCACAUCCUGUCAGGUCAGAGACUUUCCACGGAGCCACGAGUGCUUUGGGCUCACCUCUUCCAGGGGAUAUGGAGGGGGUCCCUCUCCAAAGCUCUUGAUGCCUUAAUACACUGAUGUACCUUCUCUGUGGCUCAAAAACAUUCUGAUGGGUGGCAAAUAAGAUUUCAGGUAUUUUUUUGUUUAAUCAAAAUGUCAAAAUUGUACUUUUGACAGGUUGAACUUAAAUCCCCUUUUUGUUACCCUCAUGAGAUGUAUAAUUAUUCCCAGCAAAUAUUAAAUGUUAAACCCAGCUUAGCUUUUUAAAUAGAAUUGUUGGGAUGAUUCAGAACACAUUUGAAUGCUGUUUGGAUCCAUGGUGACAAAUGCUUAGGAGCCCUUGAGGAAGGCUUUUGUCCUUGGCCUUGUCCUAUUGUGUCCCACCAGAGUGUGUGAAGGCAGAAACUUCAGUUCUCACCCAGCAUCCCUUCACAUAGCCACUGGGCUUCUGAGGGUGUCUGCACAGAGACUGUGAAUUAUAUAAUUUGCAAGAUAAUAAGAAUAAAAAAUCUUAAAUCCAUAAUCCUGCUCUUCAAAUGAGGGACAGUUAUGUUCAGGAGAAUCAUCUGUGGCAUAUCCAAAGGAGAACCAUCUUCUAACAGCCUGUCAGGAGGAUUCAGCUAUAAAGCAGAUUCAGACUGCGUUCUUUUCUUUUUGGUCAUCUUGAGUGCUCAGAAUGUACCAAAAGUGAUAAAUGAUGGUAUUGGUAUUACUCUAGGGAUGGUGAGAACAGACAUAGAAUAAUUCUUGGAUUUUCUGUAAUCAUUGAUGAGGAAAUACAUCUCAGUGACUUGAACUUCUUCAGUUGUAGAUUGAUGGAGGUUUUCUACAACCUCGCUUUGCCAAAAUGUUUCAUUUGAAAUAUGGUAAUCCCAGAAGUUUUUCCUUCUCCGUUAUUGUAACUGUGUUGGUGUUGGAAGCUUUUUCAUUCACAUCAAAGACAAGGAAUGGUAUCUGUGCAGAAAACCAAUUUGUAUUUUUCACUUCAUCACAAUCGUUGUGGUGCGAGUAUGAGGUUUCUGUCGACAAGUUAUGUACAGUGUAUCAGCCCGGGCUGUUAAAAUCCUAUGUGCACAGUGGUAGCAGUCUGUAAUACGUCAGAGAAGAGGCCGAGUUACCACUUCUUCAUAUUGGAGUAAAAAUUUGAGUUUGAAUUUGGCUUUUAUGGACUUUCAGGGUAUUUCUCUGCUGACAUUUUGUGCUCCAGAGGAGCCUCGGUUGGUCAUUAGAACUGCAGGCUCUUCUCACUUUUUGCUCGUAGCCAAAGUGAAUUUAACACUUGGCGAAGAGAAGCUUGUUUGCAACCUCAGUGCUUGUUUAAGAAAGCCGUUAUUCAGACAUGGCCUGGCACACUCACCAUGCAGCAAAUUGUGGGCUUUCGUAGAGCUCUUGAAAUGCCAGUAAUAAACUGCAAAAUCUUCGUUGCAGAUAACAUCUCGACGUCAGAUAUUGCAUGGCCGUGUCACCUUUAGGUGGGACAUUCAAGGUGAAAAAGUCCUUUUGAAACAGAAGUUCAGUAAUGGGAUAAAGUUUCAAAAGUAAGCCAACAAAGUGGAUGCUUUUUAAUUGCUCCUACAGUAGUUCAGACAGCUUCAUAAAGCAGCUAAUUAGCUCUGCUUGUCCAAAAGGCUUAUUUUGGUUGCUCCGGCUGCUAGCGCUGACAGCCAGUAUCACUUAGUGCAGCCAGUCAGAGUAAUUUGGCCUUCGUUCAUCAAAGUCAGUUUUUUCCUCCUUCUGCAAAAUCCCUGGUUCUCUGUAUGGUAAAAAGUUACAUUUGAUGAGUAGUUUUAAGUCUUUUCUUUACUCAGGCAUCUUUGAAGUGUCAUUAUUUAAUUUCUAUUGUAUGGCACUUUAAAAUUACAUUUCUAGCUCUAAGCUAGCUUCUCUAUUUGACACAGCGUCAAGACUUUACAAAUUAUACAUAAUGAAAACUGUUACAUCAUAAGUACUUUCAGUGUUGGUGUCUUGUAGUACUGUCAGCUUUGAUUUAUGUAGAACACCUAAGAAAAAUUGACUGAAAGACUGAGAGGGUGACAGUUCCCUUCUCUCUGUCCUCUCCCUCACCCACAUAGCUGCUUUUUGGUGAAUUACACUUCACUGUUAGUUCUGCCCUCUCACUCCAGCCCUCACGGCUGUCUGAUGUUGUGCUGAGCUGAUAUUACUUGCUAGACCAGCAGAAGUGACUGGGAGCAUUUGUGAGUGGCUUUCUGCAGAGAAUACUGGAUGAGGACAAAGCUGGGGUAGAAGAAAGGGGAGCAUGGGAGGAGAUGGGUGGCGUGAGGGCUGGCAGUGCCUGGGUGACUUGACCUAGGAAAUGAAUUACAUAGGGAGAAAGACGGAGGAGUGGAAUGGAUGGUUCUGUAUACGUACUUGUUAAGAAAGGGAAAAAUGACAAAAUGAUCUAUGUUAAUAAUGCAUCUUUAAAAGAACCUGUUUCUUAUUUUGGUGGUUCUAAGCACCUCAGCACACACCUGUUGUCACAGAGCUGCCUUCUGCUUUGCGUGGACACAAAGAGGUUUGUAUAUGCUUGAGCAGGAGUGUACCAGUGCAAUUCUCCCUGUCUUCAUGCAGUUAGGCUGCUCUCUCCUAUUGCGCUAAUGGAUAUUUCACAGGUGGUAGGAGGCAGAGUUCCCGUGUUUCCAGAGAGCAUGUCACAGCUACAGCUGGAGGCUGCCAUCCCCAGAACCUGAACUAGAGAUAUGGGUGAUAAAACUGACUUCAUCUCCCAAGGUCGCUGCUAACAGUGAGGUAGGAACUGAGUAAGAGGUGCAGACUAUAGUGCAGACCAAUUAUAUGCUAAGCUUAGGAAAAGAGUACAGAAAGCCUAUUUGCUAUGUAAUCUUAGCAGUGUCUGGUUUGUAGUAUUUCAAUAUUAGCAGCAAAUUGUCCUAGAAACAUAUCCUGUGCACAUAGGUACAAGCUUGAUGCAAAAUGUCUUGUGUGGAUCAAAUCCAAGCAGUAAAUAGACAGCACUUAAAGAUGUAAGAAGAGAGAUGGAGAAUACAGUAGACGUCCUUAGCAUAAUGAAUCUGCUCAGAGACUGUCCAUGUGGUGGAAGCCUGGGCCCCCCUCAGUCAGAACUGCUGAGCUUUCACACAAUAAGCUUUUAUGUAGAAUUUCCAGAGCCUUCAUCAGUCUUCUGCUGAUGGGUGGAUGAACUCUUCUCUGGUAUGUGCUUACACUUAACAAAAAAUAAAAUAAAAUCUUGAUAAUCAAAGUGCAUGGCCUUAAGCCUGGGAAGGAUGGGGGUGAUGGAGGCAUCAAGUCUGGGAAUUCAGCUUCUGCGGCCAGGAGCCUCUGUACUUCAGUUCAUGCUCUGCUGAGGGCAGCUAUGUGCUGCGGUUAAGUGUCCCAUAUUCCUCAAGUGUCUGUACAGGGAUCUUAGAUACCUAAGUUCAUGGCAUUAAAUUGCAUUACAGCACUUGUGGGGGGGGGCUUCAGAACUGCAGUCAUAAGCUACUCUGUUUCCUCAUGUAACUUCUCAGCCUAAGGCCUCUGUGGUCUGAGCAGGAACAGGAGCAGACAAGGCUGGGAGUUUUCUGACCUCCAGCAGCAAUCUCUGCAUAGAUUGUGGAAUAAACAGUGUCAGAGAAGAAGCAAGGCUGUUACAAUGUUACAUCUACCUGAACUGUACAGUGUUGCAUCCAAGAUGAAGGUAGAUGUCCGUCUCUGGCUGUUGGAGUGCUGCACAGAAGAGUUGUGCUGCGUUCCUUCAGUUACUGCUUUACUGAGUGUCUGUUGGCUGUGCUGAUGAGCUGUAGGUAAUCAUCCUGUAAAACAAAAAUAAUAAAAAAAAAAACAUUUUUCUUCUCAUUCAAAAAGGCUCUCUCCUGUUGAUCUUAAGUGCAUAGAAAGCUGUCUCACAAGUACUCUUCCAUUACUGUAGAAGAAACAGCUUGAGCAGGCACGACAUGAGAGUUCUCCCAUCACCUUUUUCUUUUUGGCAAUUGUGAAGCUUUGAUGUUCUUCUGGCCUGCCAGCAGAAUUUACUGCUGAAUGAAUUCCUUGCUUGUGACAAGAGAAACACCUGUUUCUGCUUGAGCAGAAGAACUCCAUCAAAGAACAUCUGGCAGUAUAAGCCCUUGAACUACUGUUUAUGACUCCCCUUUCUCUGAGGUACUCCAAAUACAACUUUGGAAGUGUUAUUCUCUUAAAGUAAGCAUCAGUGUAAUAGGGGUUGCUGGCUCUUUCAAAGAAGUACAGCAUCAUCCUGCCCCGUAGUACCCAUAGAGCCUAUAUUUUGCUGUGAAAGAAAUGUGUUCUCUUACAAUGUUUUUAAUAACCAGUAAUAUAAUUUUGUGUAUACAUAUAUAGGACUUAAUCUAAGUGAAAUGUAAACAACUUGAAACAUGAUAACUACAGAAAUGCAUUUAGGGCUGCUGUGGGGACCAAGUACCUAGAUAGCUUGUCCUUUGUUCCUAUUUGGCCUGUUGGCCAUCUGCUUCAUAUCAGCUCUAGCAAAGCAAUCGAUGCUUUUUUCAAAAGAUAUAUUUAUUAACCAUGCAUAAUUAAACUGUAGAACUCACUUCAGAACCAGUGGAAAUAAAAAAUGGUCUCAGAAAUGGACAAAUUCAUGGCAAAUAGUUUGCCCAAGGUGCUUACGUGUGGUCUGGUGGAACCUCCAAGUCAAAUAAGUCCCAAUCACUGGAGCCUCCUGCCAAGAGCCUUUAGUUGAUCCUACAGUUCAUGUUGUCUGAUAUUUUUGAAACAUUCUCCUCCAAAGAAUAUUUAUGCUGCAAAUCUGGAAGACCUGCUGUUUUUCUGCCAUGCAUUCUUAAUGUGAGCUCCCGCUUCAGUAUUAAAAUGCUUUAUAACAGUUCAUGAAAAAUAACUCCUGUUUGUCACAGAAAGCUUUCUCAUCUCUUCCAAGCACAGCAAGGCUCUAGCAUGAGUGUUUACACUGAGGAAUCACUGAACACAUAUGUCUCUGGGAGGGCAGCACUAAAGAAGUUCUCCUUGUGCUGAAGAUCCGCAUUCACUUCCCACCUGGCCACGCAUGGCUGCUGCCCUGUGCCAGCAGGGAGAGGUGUCCUGCCCAGGGAGGGACGUGAGUCAGCAGUUAGAAGCUCGUGCAAAGUUCACUCUGCUUCCAUUUACCAUGUGUGUUCAGAAAGUUAAACUGUAGCUCACAUGUUAGUUGUGGUUACAGUUGUUUCUUCUGUGUGGUUGGGAAGGUGUGUUCUCUAGGAUGUGAAGGGCACAAGAGGAUAGAAAUAAGGCCAGCACUGAAUGCUUAGAGCUGUGCUGGUGGGCUCAUGGAAGUGCUGGUCAGUGAAUCUGUCCCUGUGAGUGUGCGUUAUCGAUCCCGGGUGGGGUUAAUGUCCGAGUUCUCUCCAGACUCACAUGUUUAAAGCAGUGUCAGCAUAUUCAAUAUCACAUGCUGCUUGCUCUGUGCUCGCUUAUUCUACUGACUUUGGAAAUGAUAUAGGGUGAUCUACAGUGAAUGUAUCUUGGAUUCUUUCUAAGUUGUUUUAAUGUGUUGAGCCCUCUGCUGCUGCUGCUUUAUUGCCAAUAUUUUUGAGUAAAAUAGAUUAAAACUAGCUUAUGUAUAGUAAUACAGUCCUGCAUACUGGGUGUAAGUCUUGAGAUAGGUAUUUAAGAAGAAGCUCUGUUUUGCUGGCUUUGUCAAAGCCUUAGCUGACACAGGGCAGGCUCAGCUAGGCUUAUUUUCCAAGAUGCCAUGAAGUCAGAAACUCAGGAUAAUUACUUCAUAUUCGCUCAGUCCAUAAGGAGAGAUUUAUCUGCCUCUAUCAACAGUGGCUGGAGUGAUAUUUUUAAGGAAUUUGGUGAGAAACUGGCAUUAUUGCAAGCAACUGUGUAGCUUCUCCCAUGGCUUAAAGAUAGAGGAUGUACUGAUGAAUUUGUGCUUCCUUGGAGGCUGCGUUAAUGGGCAGAAUUAUAAUUUAAACUUAUUUUUUAACCCUUUGUGCAAAAUAACUUCAAAACUGUCUUUUUUCUCUCCUUCAAGAAGUGUUUGAUAUUCUGGUAAUUUCUUGAGUGUUGUUGAGACCUUUGUGCAGAUGAUCUGUCUGCCAGGUGCUCCCAGAAAUAACCUUUUGUCAUCACUGUCAUCUCACCUUUGAUACAUAGGAGAGUUUGGUACUGCUGCCUUUGAGCAGGAAUAAUGUGUAUGGAGAACAAGUUCAGGGAAGCCUUCUUGAGACUUCCCUUAGCAUAGAAUUCGGAGUUUUAAUUGUCAAAUUUAAGCCAGUUGAAGAGUGCCAAGCUCUUUAAUGUAGUACCCAUGUCCAUGUUGUGGCUUUCAUUGGGUGCUUGAUAAGAGGAAUGAGGUCAUAAUCAUCUCCUAAAGUGCCUUCAGAAUUCCAGGUCAAUAGAUGUCAUUUUCUUAAUUGUAAUUUAGAUGUAGGUGAACUAACUUCUAGUAGAAAUGCAGUACUUCCACCUGGAAGCUUUUGUUUGUGAUAUUUUCUUCCAUCACAUAUAUACCUGAUUCAUACAUGAAUUUCUUGCUUUUUUUUUUUUUUAAUCGUUUAAUCUUUUCUCAUUUAUAGCUUGAUAAGAAGUAUUGAAGCCUGGAUUUCCUUUGUAUAGCCAUGAUGUUAUUUCUUCUAGACCUUGUGGUUAAUCCCUUAUUCCACCCACCAAAACAGUAGUUCUUACCAUUGACCAAAGAUAGCUUUGCAAAGUGGAUUUGUAAUACAAAAUAGCAUAGUUGUCUCAUGCCAAGCUCCUUAGGUAGGGAAGAAACAUGCCUUUUACUAGGUGCCUGUAAAAUGCUAGGGUGAAGAAUCUUCUUCCCAAGUGGCAAAGCUUGUGGUCUGAAGAGAACUGCAAUUCCCGUAGUGAAGGAGUCUUGUGGGUUGGAGGGUUGGAGCAGAGACAGCUUUGAACAUGCUAUGGCCAAGGAAGCAGACGUCUGCAGGUGAUGUUGGCUGGCUGGCAGCGGUGCCAUGGGCUUUUGGGGGAGUUACUGCCAGCUGUGGUUGCGUUGUUACUGCUCAACAUCCAUGGAUCACUGUGUGCUGCGCUCUACAAGAGUGAGCUUUUGCUUCUGUUCAGAACCUUUGACAGGUUAAGGUACUUCAGAGAUUUCUGGGGGUAAAUAUUAGUGACAUAGCCUUCUUUUCAUUCUGACAUGGGAAAUAAUGGCCAGCUAACAGAAAUUGAACCGUAUACAGCUGCAGUGUGAUAGAAACUAAGUUUUGUUUGCUAACCUGUGCCACCUGAAAGUAGUCUGUCUGUCUAGUUUUAAUUAUUCUAUCGAGUUUAUCUAAUUAAAGUUAAGAACUUCUGCAGCCAGAACUCGUUCCAUGUUUUUGAAGAUAAAUAGGCAAGCUCUGAGAAUGUCUCUGCAGUGAUCUUUCAGUACUUAAAAUUUCCUGCUUUACUUGAAUACUUUGGGUUUGUUGUUUUUGUUUUUUAUUAACUUGUAAUAUUGUGUUGGAAUACAUCAGAUAGGCAAAUGGUGCCAUUGACCAGAAAAAGAUUGCUUUGGUGUGGUUCUGUGAUGGCCAAGUUUAAUAAAACAAGGCCUUGCUUUGCAUUCUUGUAUGCUCACUGCAUUUUCCAGUCUCAUCUGCUUUUGUUUGAUGCUUUUUGCCUGGGCAGAUCAGCAGGGCAUCUCUCCUUUGGGGGAAGCAGUGAACUUAAAGCACAGCAUUUCAGGACGUUUGUCAGAGCAGUCUUGUUUUGGACAGGGGUGGGAGUGUCAGCAGGUGUGCAGAAAAUUCUUCUGUCAAACUGCAUGAUUUAGGAGGUUAAAACGAGCAUUAAAAAAUCUGUUGUCAGUAGGACUAAAGAUAGGUAAUUCCUUAAAUAGAUCAGGAGCAAACGAGCUGUAGCUGCACAGUAAUACUGCAGAGCUUUAGGAUGCUCAGUACUGGGGAGUUUAUUCAUGAAAAACGUCUGUGUUGAAGCUCUGACUUUGCAAGUGAAGCACGCAGGCUGGGGAGGAUCCAGAAAAACCUUCAAGAGUAUUUUUUUCAUCUGCAAAUGCUGGUGCUGAGGAGCUAAGAAAUCUCGGUCCAUUUUGUUUAAGAAACAGCAUGAUGGGCAGCGGGUAUCUGCAAUGGGAAGGGAUAUCUCCUAUGGAAAGUGUUAGAAACUGUAACGACUAAAAUUCAGAGAAUGUGGAAGAAGCGGAGAUUGCAGACAGUGUCUGUUUUUAUCUGAGAAAUGUCAGACUGGGGGUUUUGAGUAAGAAUCAUACAUUUGGAAUUGAUUCCUAUAUUAUAUUAGGUUUCCCAUGGGACGUGUGGUCAUUUAAGAAGUUGAGCUUGAUGCAGAAGUUACUGGUGAUGAUUCUUUUUUCCUCUGGUUUAAAACAUAGAUUUGCACAGCUUUCUGUGGACGGUUCUCUCCCAAGCUCUUGUUAAAGAUAAUAUGUUCGGCUCCCAGAAGUUUGAACCUGCAUAAUUAAGUUGUAGACUGGCAUACAAGAUUAAAGGGAGUUGUUCAGGUAGCACUAAUAAGAAUUUCCAGCACUUUUGAUGACAAAUAUGAGACUUAAUGGAGGGAUAAUCUGAGUAGGGAGUAUGGGAAAAUGUUGGCAGAAGGAAAAACUUUGAUGCAAGACACUUAAUAAAGGAAAUUAAAUGGUUGCUAGUGAGCAUACAAAAUCAUAAGUGAGAAUGAACCAGGAUGUAAGCAGAGUAAACUAUGGGAUGCAAAGAAUAGGUUAUUUCUAUAUUAAGGGAUAUGUAUCGAAUCACAUAAAUAGGCUAUAGGUGUAUACGCAACACUGCUCUGAGUUUUAGUUCCCCUUCAAAUUGUAUCAGCACGUGAAUCCUGUCUUAUAGACAGAAACCAAAAAGCAGCUGAGCUGACUAUUUACAUUCCCACUUCAUUUCCCAAAGCUAGCUUAAAAAAAAAAGAAAACUAUAUAGAAAAUAUCUUAAUUUCAUUGCUGUCUGCUGAGUUAUAGUCUUAAAUGCGGAUGAGCAAAUCAGAACUGAAUUCAAUAUAGUUAAUUCCCAUUUUCUACCAACAAUGUAGAAACAAUUCUGCCCAUCAGUAAGUUUCUUCAGCAGUACUUCUGUCCUGUGCCCCCCCAUCCCCUUUAUCCAGGGAACUAUGCAACUGUGUUUAAAAUUGCCUUAGCAUAUUUCAGAGCCAGUAUAAUAGCUUUGUAAUCAGUGAUAAAUAUCUAAUUUAAAGAUAAUUAAAAAUGCCUGUCAUAUAUAAGCAUGUGAUGUUUAAGUAAAAGUUGUUUCUGCUUGCUUAGGAGGUGAUAAGAUUGUAGACUAAAUGUGAUUAAUGUUCUUUGCAGAUGUUGCUUUAUAUGCUUAGGCUCUCAGAAGUAGAGCAGUCUAGACUGUCUGUCUGCAUUCUCCUGCUGCUUUGAUCUUGAUUAAAACUGGUUGUAUUACAUUUAUCAUCCUCCUUUUUUGAAUGCCAGGAACUAUCUCAACUAGUUUUUGUAUAUAUGCGUGUUUAUAUAGAAAGAUACUGAGUACCUUUGUUUGAAUACUGUAAAAAUUACAUAUUUGGAUAUCUUCGGCAAAUAGCAAAAACAGAUGGUUUUUGUCUUGAAAGCCUUAAUUCUGUCACUUGGCUUAUUUCAGACACAGCAAAUGUUAUUCAGAACGUUAGCAAAAUUCAUCCGGAGUGAAUCAAGCUAACGUUUUAAGUAUGCUUUUCCCCCUCCUGUUGGAUAGAUAAUGAAGAAUAGGUGGCUGCUUCUGUUCUCUGAAUUCUUCAGCCUUCUUGCUGCAGUCAUCUGUAUUUCUGUCAGGUCUGAUAUUGGUGUUCUAUUAAUAUCUACAUUAUUCUGCUACCCCAAGAUUUUCUCUCCAUGCCACCCCUCAGUGCUGCGGGUGGUGGAGCCGAAGUGCACGCAGUGCUCGUGGGCACUGCCAGCAGUGGUACCUGCAGAGCAGAGCUGUGCAAGCAGCAAGCUCUCCAAAUGCUGCUUUGGUCUUAUGGCUUCCACUGCUUGGGGAGAUGAUCACUUCUUCACUUGUGCAUAAGCACAGCUGGGAAUGAUUUUUCAGCAUUUGGAUGAUUAAAUUUCCUGGGUGGUUUUUUGUUUUGUUUUGUGAGUGAAGACUUAUCGAGCGACUUCACUUAUUGAGUGAAGAUUGUAUGGGUCCAAUUUGAAGACAUUAUGUUUUAUGGGCAAGGUUUAAGUGAAUCCUUUUAACAGUAAUGAAUUCUUUGAUGGAUGGUCAGUAAAAGAUUUGGGGUAUUUCCAUGAAUUAUUAAGGGAGAUGGGGUUUCUUUUUUAUCACAACAUUUGUUGUUGCCACGGGGUGCCCUCCUUGUGUCGGUGCUGUUUGUGAGAUGUGUGCAUGUUGUAGGUUUCAGACCACAGCAGCAUCUUAAAUCCAAGCAUGGGAAUAUGGCUGUAUUAUGUUUUGCUCCUCAAGUGCACCAAACAAAUGCAUAAUGAGAACUGGAUAGUAAGUUAAAUACUGUGUACAUCGUAAACUCCUCGCUACCCAGAGUGCCUGCAGUCACUGCAGCUCAGGAGCUCCCUGCAAGUUGCUGAAAUGAAGAUUGCAGCUGACGUAACGAUUGAGGAAUAUUAAUUAAAAUAAAAGAUUUGAAUACAGGUCUCACACAGCAAAUCUGAACUUCCCCCUCUUUUAAAAGCAUUAUGCAGUACUUAAUUGAUGGACUGGCUGAACCGGAGUUGCCAUUCUAAAUGUGUAUACUUUGUAGCUGAGAGCUGUGUGGGGCUCUCACAGGAAGACCUGUGUUCCCUGAGAGUCAUUUCUUAAUAAAAGUCUGCUAAUUUACUUUAAUACUAUGAAUUAACAUACUGAAAAGUUAAUGCUACAAAUUUAAUGCAACGUUUUGUGACAAAUGCAUUUUUAAGGUUUUCUUGCAAAGUUAAAUGAAGCAAAACUGGCUUAAUCGAACGCUUUAAGUCUCUUUUUCCCCAUUAAUUUGCGUGCUAUAAACCUGUUUAAAUAGCUUAGGGUUAUUGUACCGUGUCAGGUAUGUUCUGUGCCAUGAGGGUAUACAGCACCAAAAUUCACCUUGAUCAUGUGUUAUCAAACACAUGGGUUGCUAACACAAAUCCAGCAGCAGUUAUUUUUUUUUAGUGUGAUUUUUAAGCAGUUUUAUUGCAGACUUACAGUCUGGUGCUCCUGAUGACUUCAGUUCUACUGAGCAUCCGUGCGUGGUUCUAAAUGAAAAUGUAAUUUGAUGCCUCAAUGAUGAAAUGUUUAGGUUGUUAAAACCUUGCAAACAUGUUUUCAGUACCUUUUAGUAUACAGUACAUUUUGUAGUAGGUAUUUGCUCUUAAUUACCGUUGAGUCCUGAUGGCUUUUCCAGCUGCCUCCUUGCCUUGCUUCUUACUGAACGUCAAACACCAUCAAAAAACAGUGAACAUGAAAAUGUAGAUUGUGUUUGUAGGCAGGUAAGGACACUAGAAGCCUCUGUCUUAGGUUAUGUUUGUAUUGCUUUGGGUCUCAUGCCAAGUCUAUGCUGAUGUACUUAAGACAGCUGUUGCAGCAGUUGCUGCAUCUAACUGUGGUUAUUACAAGAAAUGUGCAGUUUGCCCCAUGAGCAGCGUAUUCCUAAAGUCACUGCUGCAGAGCUGUGCUGGGGAGCAGCAGCACGGGCUUCAGGAAGCUGCUCUGAAAUUGUUCCCACUCCAGCCAGUUAUUCUUAAAGCUUUUCAGGCAAAGACAAAACAAUGAAUUGAUUGCAUUUUAGUGUUUAGUGUUUUGAUGUUAAUAACCUGAUUUUGGUUUUUGGAAUACUUCGGUUAUAGGUUUCUUCUUCAAAACAUAUUCAUAAUCAGUAAUAAUGCAAAAAAAAAAAAAAAAAUCCAGUGAAUAGAAAAAUCUGCUUCGUGGGAAUACACAGCUUAACAAAAAAUAGAGCAGAGAAUUGCCUAAUACUGGGAUACGUUAGGAAAUUUGUUUGUUGUUCUGUCUCUUUUUUUAUCUUGCUGUGAACCUCCAAUACCUGAAUGUUUGACAGUUUUUCAAUCACCCCUUUCAGCAUUUAUUCUACAUAAAAAUGGACGUAAUAAUCUGUAGUAAAAUCUUGUCAGUUCUCACUGUUAGUUAAUCUGAUAGCUUUAGGGCAUGGGAAGGAAAUGUUGGGGGUUAAAAGUAAUUAAGAUAUUGCUGGGCUCUUGUGUGUGGUGCUCUGAGCCUGUACCUGUGGCAUAGGUACAGGGUGCACAUAGGAGCUUGGAAGCAGGAAGGGUACAUCCCUACCGUGUCGGUGGUGCGCUUGUCUGUAAAAAUGCAAGUUGCCUCAAGCUGUGAGAAUGGGAACUUUGACCUCAUCUUCAGAUUUUAGGCCUGAAACAGUGAGCAAAGUAAGGCAGCCUGAGAGGGGCAAAUAGAACAUCCAUACCGAGUGAUGGCCACUUUAGCCAGCGCUAGAGAGGUGGUUGAUCCCAAUUUAUUUUUUUUUAAUAAUAUGUAUCAAGUUUAGAACAGAAAUUAAAAACAUAAAUUUUAAAUCCUUAUCAAUACAGAAAAGGCUUGGAAUUUUCUGUAAAUCAGAUACAUAUUUAUAUAGUAUAAGGCUACACAGUAGACACAGAUACAGCAAGAUUUGAGGUCAUGCAGGUUUUUUUUUUGCUUUAGGUUGAAAGUUCAGCAGUCAAAAACAUAUUAACGUUUUUAUGAUGAUAGGUAUUUACUCAGAUGGGCGAUGUAGCAGUUUGACAUUUAUGUAAGUUUAGUAGCUGAAGGAGGGAAUUACUUCCACUCAUUUGUGCCAGUUCAGCUGUUUAGGAGGCUGUGCGGCAGAAUCUGCUUUGUUGAUUGCACUACAACUUAGAAAUGUACUUUGAACGUGGCCUUGUGCUAGAGCAGAUACCGUGAGCUACUGAUGUGAUGUGGCUGUGAUGUGUGCAGUCUUAGAAUGCUUCUGAAGGAGUAACAAAGGAAAACAGUAUUGAUACGAUGCAAGUCUUCGGGAAUAUUCCAUCUCAAGUACUGAUGCAGUUCUGGCCAACCUCUUCAGGAAGGAUGAACUGGGACAGGCCUGCUGUUACACCAAGUGCUGAAAUGAAAAGGAGAGAGAAAAGGAAAAGACAAGAAAAACUUGCAGCAUCAGCUGUGUGAAGCAUCAGAUGUAAAGGUGGAUCCUUGCCUCAUAGACAUCGUACUGCUUUUGUUUGACUCACUGUGCAAUUCUGUUUUCUUUGCAAAAACAACUUGAUGCAGUUUGCACUGAUAUUGACUGAUUCAGAAGGCAAAAGGUAUAAUAUUUGUUUGUAACUGAAUUCUGCUCUUCUGUCGACAUUUCUGCAGAAGUAGAAGGGAUUCUCCUUGUGUGGAAGAGGAGAGUCUUCUCAUCUCCUGAUACAUCAGUGAAAUGCUGGUCCUUUUCAACAUGAUUCUGGAAGAUGUGUGAAAUAGGCAGUGCAGGAAAAGAUGUGGAAGAGAAGAGCUUUCACAGAUCCCAGCCUGGACAGAGGACCAUUCUGAUGAGUAGUGCUGCAGUGAUUCACAGCUGGGUGUCACUGGGGUAGGAAGCAGAAGAAAGCCGUCAGACAGACUGGUUCCCUCUUGUUGCAUGGAAAAUUCAGAUUGUUUUAUGCAGUUGGUAGAGAAGGAAGAAAGUCAUUUAUAUCUCUCAGCUGUCAAGAUGGCAUGUAAUUGAAGAUUAUUUUUUUUUCACCCUCAUAGUUAGCAGAAUCUUCUGUGGCCCCUAGUUUGUCUCUGGAGAAUCUAGCACUGUAGAGAAAGGUAAGAAGAAAAGCCAGGUUAGCCUGGUGCAUUGGAUGAAUACAGGAGGAGAGGCAGCCCCAUAGAGCGCAGCAGGGCCUGCCUGGGGACCGCCCCUACCAGCAGCAAGGCUGUAGGCUUCCUCUUGCUCUGAGGCUCCAAGUACCAGGUCACAUGGACAGGUACCUGAGGACAUUGCUGGGAAACUCCCAGUCAGGCCUUCAGAUGGAAAUUCUGCUGGUUGCCAGCAACAGCGUGAUAAUCAUCCUAUAGAGCCAGUCAUACCUUCCUAUUUGAGGUCUGAUGUCCUUACGUGGUAUAUUUAGGCUUUAAUCUGGGGCAGGGUGCCUGCAGAGUACUUUGUUUUUUAAUUUUAGCAGCAGCAUUGUAAGGCUCUCUGUGGAAACGGGGGUACAAACUUGUCUGCCGUGGGAAAGCAUCCAUAGCUGCCUCGUCUCAGCUCAGCCAGGCACUUACAGAUGGUGCCACCAAACAGGGUACAGCAGAGCCCCAGGUUGGGACUUCUUUAGUCCCAAAUACUAAGCUGAGUUUUACUUUGAAUUACGUUUCUACAUUCAAACCUACAUGCAGUACCAAGUGCCUGUAUUUUGGGAGGAGCAGUGGGAAGGAACCCCUUAAGCCAAGCCUUGCCCUUUUUAUCUGUGGUUUGUUCUUUUUUCUCACUUCCUUUUUAAAUCUUGGCUGAGCCAAAACAGCUUUUCCUUUGAGGUCAGCUACUGUGAUUAUUCUCUAGUGACUUAUCGUGUGUGUGUCUGCUUCGGGGUUCGUGCCAAGGAGAGGAGGGUAAUCCUAAUUGGAAACCUUCUCUGUGUGUUUCUGUGUUGGUGCCUGAUCUGCCCCUCGUUGAUGUUCUUCAGCCUCUGAUUCUUGGAGAAUUUGAACUUCUGGGAGUGCUGUGCCCAGUGUCAUUUUGGGGGGUGAAUUUUUAUCAGCUUAUAAUAACUUCUGUGUUGUUCAGAGGGAGAAGUGUUGGACCAGUCAUGUCUGAACGAGGUGAGUGUAGUCCCAAAGCUAUACUUCAAAAAACCAAACUGCUUAUAGAAUCUGUCAACAUUUUUUCCAAUACAAAAUUGUUAGACAGUAGAUGAGAGGACUUUUCUGUUUAGUGCUGCUCACACCUUUGCAGUGACAGGAGUGGUGUGUUUGAACUUGAAAACAUCAGCCUGUGUUUUGGUGUGCUCCCUUGAAGUCAAGGAGCAUGAAAAAUAGCGCUUCUCUUUGCUUGAAAUUUCUGGAGAUUCACAGAUGUUGACAACCUUUAUUGUGGGCAAAGCUGGUUGGUGCCAUAGCUAUCCGUUGUUUCCCUCAAAAUGGCCAUUGCUGGCACAAGUUCUCCCUAAGGAUUGUUGAUGCUGCCUGAGCAGGACCCCACAGGCUUUCUUUUUUGCUCUCCUUCAAGUGGAAGGGAGGGGCCCUCUGGAGGGAGGCAUCUUGCAGAAGUAUUGUCGGCUUUUUUGUUUCAUGAUUAAGAGUUCAGAGAGCUUCAGAUACCGUUGUUGUACCCCUGGCAGUCACCAGUAUGAGUACUUUGUGUUAUCACAAUUCCCAUUCUUUAAUCCCAUCUUUCUUAACCACUCCCGUGGAGCCUUUACUUCAGAUGUGGGCUCCUCAAACCAGCAAUCAAACUUCAAGGUUCCUCGCCUUCAUGUGGAUCUUUUUCCUUGAACUGUAGCUUCCCUCCUUAGAGAGGCAUUCCAUUAGUUCUGCUGCCUUUCUAACAUCUCAGGUCUCUGAAAACCAUAGCUCUUUGUUUAAAUUAACUGAAAGGUUAAUAGCCUCUCCAAAAGGUUCUUUGGGAGAAGUCAGCAGGGUGAGUGCACAGCUGUGGGUGCAGAGCUUCUUCAACGUGGCUAGUUACUGAGGCUUGAACUUGAAAGGUCAAGUGGCCACUUUUGCAUACUGAUGACUGGCAAGUAAAGCGUUUCUUCUCACUCAGAUGUUCAGCGCGUUUUAAGGUCAUCUCUUCUUUGGAUUCCAAACUCUUAGUUCUUCCGUGUGACUGUAUCUAAUUUUGCCUUGUUACAUGUCAUUGGUAGUGCUCAUGAUAGUGCUCGCUUGAUAGCCUGAAGUGGUGUUUCUGGUCAAAAGUUGGUAUGCUUUGCAUGAUACUUAAAUCUGCCAAGUCUUUCUUACUGGAACUACAUCACUGCUGUGCCUUGAAAUAAGUGGAACUGAACUGCAAAAUUUAAGUGUUAAUGAAAGCAAGGAUGCCAGGGUGUUUUGGCCCAUUGCUUGCACCCCAAAGAGAAGUGGUGACAUGCUGGAGCUAUGCGGCCUUCCCAGAGCAUGUGCUUCUGCUGCAGCUCACCUCAUGCUGAGGCAUUGUGCACUGACUGCUUAAUGGCAGAACAAAGCUGCUGAGUGGUCCAGGUGCACCUCCAGCACCAGAGCUGCAGCCUUUGCGUAUGUGUCAGUGAGGAGAGAAAUGGAGCACUGUGAAUGGUGCCAGUCCUUUGAUCCUGAAGAAGUACUGUUGUUUUGUGGUGCUCUUGUAGAAGCUCUCCAUUCAUUCCACUGUUGAGCUGCCUCACUCCAGAAGCUGUGAGUGUGGAGCCUGCAUUCACACUCACUAUUAAUACAUUUUUUGCAAACUUCUGUUUCUUUAAUAUUAAAUAAUAUAUAAAAAUAACCCAGAGUGAUUAUGGCAGCUAACUUUUUAAAAAAUGUCUUCUGUGUUAGUAUCUGUAAAUCCUCAGUUACAGAGUCAUUAUUUUAUUUGUAAAUUUUUUCUUAGGAAGAGAAUUGGGCCCUCAGGUCUUUUUUUAAAGCGCUUGAAAGAUCUUUGGAUGGAGCACUUUAGUGCUAUUUCUGCAUUCUUCCCCAAUAACCUUCUGAUUAACUACAAUGCUGAUUUGGUAGACCAUGCUGAAAAGGAGAAGGUUAAGGAGAAAUUCUAGUCUGAGAAGAUAGAACAUCUCUGUAAGGCAGUGUGGCAGCAGGUCAGGUGAUUUGUUACUUUACUGACUUGUUUAUCUUUUGCCUGAUUCUUGCACUACUUAGGUUAAUUGCUGUCAUGUAUGGAUUUAAUGAAUGUACUUUGGCACAGUUUAGAGGAAUUACAGUCCUUGUCUGACCUGAAAGCAUUGAGAACAACAAUAAUAGGACUAACACUUGUUCAAAGCUCAACAAAAUAUGUUUUGAGGCAUCUUAUCAUGCGUAAAGAGGAUAAAGCAGGUCCUUUGUGUUGUAACUCAGUUUGCUUUAUUAGAUUGAAAAUAAACUCUUUAUUUUUCCUUUGAGAAACGUUCCCUUGGGUGUUAUCAGAAAAAAUACAGAAAGAUAAAAACUUGCUUCCUGGUUGUGGAAACAUCAAAGCUGGCCCUUUGUUGUGUAUUUCUGUAGUCUGUUCCCAGAUAUAUUUGUGGGUCUAUAGGGUGUAUAUGAGAUCACUUUGGAAACAACUAGAUUAAUAUAUGUGGGUAAGUACUUGAAAAAGGUAUCUGUGCUGUAAGUGAAGAUUUUCAGGUGCUAUCUGUAGCUAUACUUCAUUUUCUGACCUUUUUCUUACUUGCCUAGAACAGUGUUAUGAUUCACAUACUAUAAUGAAUGGGGUGGUCUGUGUGUGUUCUGUCUCACUGUGUCCAGUCCCAGUGGUCCUUCUGGCCACGGCUGUUCUGCUGAUCCAACAUACUAAUUCAUUAGUUCCUUAUGUAUCUGUGGAUCUCCCUGCUCAGACUGAGUUCAGAUGCACUCCAAACAUAACACAGUGUAAGUAGCCUUCCUGCAAUAAGUAGAAUGGUACUGGAACAAGCUUAACGCGAGCAUUUUUCAUAUACCAGAUCUUCUGGUGAACAGCCCCGAGAAAGUCCUUGCCUUUCCUAUGAGCAUUCCUGCAGGUAAACCCUUACCAUUUCUGUCCCUAUGCUUGUAGUAGCAUCAAGCACUACUGAACUGUGAUGGAGUGUUGGGUUAGGUUGUACAGCUGGGAAAGACAUACGGGAUCCUCUUCCAUGUUUCACUAUUGCCAUUUGCAUCCUGGGCUUCAGUAAGUACAUCUCAGAAAAACACUGGAUGGAAAAAGAGCACAGUUCUAUCUACAAACAGGCAAGAUUUUUUUUUUUCAGGAGUUCAUGUAGUCCUGCUUAAAAAAACAGAAGCCACUCCUUCAAAUCUCUACAAAGGUGAGGUUUUCCAGACUGCUCCUAACAACUCCUGAUAAAGUUGUUUUCUGUACUGCUGACAAUUACAGUGCAUCCUGUAUUAACAGCAGUUCAGAAGUUCACUAGCAAAUGUUGGUUCUUUUUUCUUCUGCAGCUGUCAUUUGAACACAAAUGCCUCGUGAUACAGCAGCACGCAACCUGCAGUGUCACAGAAUAGAUUAAAUGUUAUCUGUGCUAACGUGCUGAAGCCAAACUCAGUUAUAUACCUGCAUAUUCUUGCCUUUUUUAAUGUGUUUUCUUCUCACAAGCUUUCAGACCUUAAGUUCAUAAGAGCAUAAGUUCCUGAGAUUAUCCUGGAGCUCUGCUCGUGGCUCCUUUCAACAGCAGCAUUUUGCAUUUUGAGAUUCAGUAAUGGGUUUCCCAAGGACCUGACAGUUUCUGGAGAAAACAAUUUUUCAGCACUCAGAAUGGUAAUAGGAGUUUCAUUAGAGGCAUAUUCUGCCUAAAUUGGAACCCAAAUAGAUGUGUGUUUGUUGUGAGCUCCAACUGCCGUAUUCCUCCAACAGUUUGGUCCUUGGGAAGGGGCUGUCUGAUUGCAAGCUGAUGCUUUCUUUGUGCCGUAGGCUCAGGGCUGCUGCUUUGUGCAGUUUCCCUGUUCCUUCUCUCCUUGCUUUCACCUUGGUCCUGCUUCUCUACUGUGAAAGCUGCGUCAGGACCGUCCUGGUACAUCCGCACGUCACUUCAGCCUGGCCAGACCUGUCCCAAAUGGCCACACAGCCACCAGAGAAGGUGCCAUUCUUGGCAGAUCAGAAACACAAGAAUGCAUCUACUACAACGCUAAUUGGGAGAAAGAUAAAACAAAUCGCAGUGGCAUUGAACCCUGUUAUGGAGAUAAAGAUAAAAGACGACACUGUUUUGCUACAUGGAAGAAUAUUUCUGGAUCGAUUGAAAUCGUGAAACAAGGUUGCUGGCUGGAUGACAUCAACUGUUACGACAGGAAUGAUUGCAUAGAGAAAAAAGACAGCCCUGAAGUGUUCUUCUGUUGUUGUGAAGGCAACAUGUGUAAUGAACGCUUCUUCUAUUUUCCAGAAAUGGAGGUCACACAGCCAACUUCCAAUCCAGUCACACCGAAGCCACCUCUAUUCAAUACCUUGCUUUAUUCAUUGGUGCCUAUAAUGGGAAUUGCAGUGAUUGUGCUCUUUUCAUUUUGGAUGUACAGACAUCACAAGCUAGCAUAUCCUCCAGUACUUGUUCCAACCCAAGAUCCUGGACCACCACCGCCUUCACCAUUGAUGGGUUUGAAGCCACUGCAGUUGCUAGAGAUCAAAGCCAGGGGACGAUUUGGGUGUGUGUGGAAAGCUCAGCUGCUGAAUGAGUAUGUUGCAGUCAAAAUAUUCCCUAUCCAGGACAAACAGUCGUGGCAGAAUGAAUAUGAAAUUUACAGCCUGCCUGGAAUGAAGCAUGACAAUAUUUUACAGUUCAUCGGUGCAGAGAAGCGAGGCACCAGCAUUGAUGUGGAUCUCUGGUUAAUUACAGCUUUUCACGAAAAGGGUUCAUUAACUGACUUCCUCAAGGCUAACGUGGUUUCCUGGAAUGAGCUGUGUCACAUUGCUCAGACUAUGGCUCGAGGCUUGGCUUAUCUCCAUGAGGAUAUACCAGGGCUAAAAGACGGACAUAAACCCGCCAUCUCACACAGGGACAUCAAAAGCAAGAAUGUGCUGCUGAAAAACAACCUUACAGCUUGCAUUGCUGAUUUUGGUCUAGCUUUAAAGUUUGAGGCUGGAAAAUCUGCAGGAGAUACACAUGGACAGGUUGGCACACGAAGGUACAUGGCUCCUGAGGUACUAGAAGGUGCUAUAAACUUCCAAAGGGAUGCGUUUUUGAGAAUAGACAUGUAUGCCAUGGGCUUGGUCCUCUGGGAGCUGGCAUCGCGCUGCACUGCCUCAGAUGGCCCAGUAGAUGAGUACAUGUUGCCAUUUGAAGAAGAAAUUGGCCAGCAUCCUUCCCUUGAAGACAUGCAGGAAGUUGUGGUUCAUAAAAAGAAGAGACCUGUUUUAAGAGAGUGUUGGCAAAAGCAUUCUGGAAUGGCGAUGCUCUGUGAAACCAUCGAGGAGUGCUGGGAUCACGACGCAGAAGCCAGGCUGUCGGCGGGGUGCGUAGAAGAACGCAUUAUUCAGAUGCAAAAAUUAACUAACAUUAUAACAACAGAGGACAUUGUGACUGUGGUCACGAUGGUGACAAACGUUGACUUUCCUCCCAAAGAAUCCAGUCUAUGAUAGUUGCACUGGUCACGUAACUGACCAACGGGACUCUUCACUGGAGCUGCUAAAGCUAACGGGACUGCUGUCGUCAUUGUGUUCUGUGUGAAGCGACCGCGGGGUCUCUGGGAGCAUCGUCAGGAGGUGUUUCCCUUUCUGCUCCCCCUCCUCCUCCCACACACGAAUCCAUGAGACUUUCUGCAUUCCCUGCUUACGCCGGAAGGCCGCGUGCUGAGAGGUGGCAGUGGGCCGUUCAGGGCCUGAAGCAAAGAGCGGACCUGGACGGGCUAACGGAGCGUUUUAAAAACUGACAUCAGAUUUCUUAAUAGCCGUCAGAAGAGACUAAUUCCUUAAAUGAACUACUGUUAUUUUUUUUAAAUCAAACAUUUCAUUUCAGAUUUAAAAAAAAAAAAAAAAAAAAGGGUAACUUGUUUUUAUUGCAUUUGCUGUUGUUUAUAAAGAUGACUAUUGUAAUGCCAAUAUGACACAGCUUGUGAAUGUUUAGUGUGCUGCUGUUCGGUGUACAUAAACAAAAGUAAUCAAGUGGGAUAUAGCAAAGAGGCUUCCAAGUAUUACUUAACCUCCCUCAACAAGGUAUACCUCAGUUCCACCUCUGCUAAAUUAUGAGAUUGACAACACUAACAAAAUUGGAAUAAUAAAUUGAUCCAUGUUUUGUAAAUGAUGUAUUUCAAAUUCACUGUGUUAUUUAAAAAGGGUAAGCUAUGCUUCAUGCCAACAGUAAAUGGCCAUUCCUAAAGCAGUGUUUUUAGCCUUUUUCUUGUACUAGCUUGGUGUGUAUAAAAAAAAAAAAGUGCUGUUUAUUGAAACAAACUUUUCCUCCCUGUUUUAGUUUGAAGCUUUUCUCUUACCUCCAUUUCCCAGAGUAUCUCAUACAUUUAUUUAAUGGAAUACUAUUUAGGUUUGCUGUGUCUGAGGAAUAGUUGAAAGCUUAAGCAUGACUUUUUUUAAUUUUCUGUGAGCUGUGACACUGGAAAGCUCUGAGAUCUUCGUCUUUCUUUUUUAUUUUAAAGAGAACUCUUUUCCUAUUUAUGUUUGUGACGAGGUCUGCGUAGCGCGUUCUGUUUCGCUCAACAGGAUGCAGUGGGUUCUGUGUCUCUGUUUCAGGAUCACCUCAGGAAGCUCAGUUACCCCAAAUUCCUUCCUCUCUGCUUUCAGAUUUGCAUCUUCACUCUACUUCAAGUUGGUGCCAUCUUAUCAGCGUACUGCUUACAGUCUGUGGUACGUGGGCUUAUCCUACCCGAACUGAAACUACCGCCACACUUUUCAGAUGAUAAACGCUUAAAAAUGUCAGGGAUCAUUUAGUCACACGUGUAACUUAAAUAUGCAAUGACAAUUCAGAGGUAACGAAUACCGCUGUCCGUACCACAGACGUGCAGAAGCGUAGGGAAGAACACUGAAAUUGCUUUCACAACUCCAAUGUUAUUUUUGAGUUUCGGAAGUCAUGCCUUACGUGGAAACUAUAAAUGGACUGGUAGAUAGGUGCCAAAGUGCUUCUCAGAAGUACUGCUCCACCAGGUUUAUUUGGUCCUUUACACAGAGUACAAUAAAUGUUAUAAACCUCUGGAGUACAGAACCGACGUGGGCCAGUGCUGUGCUGUGUGUUUUUAUCAUCGUGUGUUCGUUAUCACACUGAGCAUUGGAGGGCUUUGAAAGAAGCCUGUAAUGUUGCAAUUAGGGGCUCACUGUGGACGUUACCUUGGAAGAUUGGUCUGUCCAACACCAAGGUGCUGUUUUACAGGGACUUAAUCUCUGGCAACAGUAAGGGAGGUUACAGCAAACAAGACGUAGGUCAGUGUGCUCUCAGCAGAGAGGGAAGGGAAGGCACGGCUGCGGUGCUCCUGUGUGCUGCGCUCCCUGCGCUGUGUCACACUGCUGCUCGUCUUUCUGCUGAGGUUCCAUGUGGCUCAGAAGGGUUGCUGCUACUGCAGGGCGCAGCUCUGUGGCGUUCAGCUGGGUCAUAAAAAGAAAAAAGAAGCUGCUUGCGGCCACUUUAAUUGACGUUUUCAUUUUGCUUCCAUUUUUACUCCAGGGAUGCCAUCUUCUGCACUCAGCAGGGCAUAAACAUAGCUGCUGAGUUCUGAACAAAUAAGGAUCCAUUUGUAUUUUGCUAAAACCCUUUGUGCUCCCAUUGAGUUUUAACCCUUUCCCAGCAGAAGUAGAAUAAAUACAGGCCAAGUUCUCAAGUAAAGAGUGGUCCUGUCCAAAACAUGCAGCACUUUUGUGCUGUCCUGUAAACUUCAGCCACUGCAGGGUCUGGCGGCAGAGAGCUGCAACCCUGCACACGCUGCGCUUUGCCCCAGGAAACCAAGAUCACUUAUCUUCGUGUUUUAAAACUGCAUUGGGGUAUAUCUGAGCGUUUAAAUACUGCACUACUCUGAAUUCCCUGAUUUGCAACAGCAUAAUUCAGUGCAGCUGUGAAAAAGAUAUUCACAGUAUAAAUGCUUUCCAAUUGGGUCAGGUACAGCUGCUCUCUCGCAGGGCAUUCCAGCUUACUUCUGGUUCACUGCUGGAGCAUUAAACGUGCGAGCUGAGAAAUGUCAGAGCCAGCAUUUUUGGAGCGUAAACGCAAGCAGGACGCAGUGAGGUUGAUGCAGGUGGAAGUAGUUCAGCAUUACCCGCUUGCAGUCAGCGCCUGCUGUCCCUGUGUUCUUCAGGAACAAAUGCAUGGCUGAGCGCUGCAAAGCUGCCCAGUACCUCAGCUCCUGAGAAGUCAGUCCAAAGACCAAUGUUGGUGCAUUAACUACAACAUAACCAGACGGUAAGAAGACAGCUCCUGUUCACGUUAGCAUUGGACAGAAGGGACAGGGCCUCCACUCUGCUCUUUCUCCAGCUUCUCAUUUGUAGCCUUUUGUAAUACAAUGACGUCUAUUAGGAACACUUGGUACAAAAUGCAGAAAGCUGUAACGUAGGUCUGUGGGCAAAACGAUUCAAGUAGCAUCCGUGACGGAACAUCUUUUACCUCAGAUACUCAACCAGCAGUACUUUUUUUUUUUUUUAAACUCUUAUUUUAAGUGCAGUUUCAGUCCAUAAACUAUUCGUUACCUCUCAAGACUUUGGUAAGCAAUUAUUUUAACUUUACUCUUUGUAUUUGUCAGUGUUUUGGGCACAGGUUGUUGUACUACUGUCAGAUGUGCUUGCUGUUUUUCUGCAAGUACUGAAAACAAACCAACUCCCUCCCCUCCCAAUAAAGUGAUUGUUAAAUAUUGUACAAAUACAAAUGUAUGCUCUUUUUCCCCCAUUCCCCCAAAAAGUUACAAUAAAAAAUGUGACUACUACGA